GUUGCCGGCGGUUGGAAACGGUACAGUCAACCGCGAAGCUCAUUCCAGUGAUCAACACAGACCUCUCACCCUUUUUGCAAAAACAAUCCAUUUUUAAAAACAAUCAAUCAAAAUGUUCCGAUUGGUGGUGUUGUCCGCUCUUCUUGCCGUUGCCGCUGCCGCUCCCGGUGCCCACCAUCUGGUGCACUCGGCCCCGCUCGCCUACUCGACCGUGGUAGCUGCCGCGCCCGCCCUCGUCGCCCAGAAGGAGAUCUCGUACCAGAAGAGCAUCGUGGAGGAGCCGGCCGUGGCGCACGUUGGCACCGUGGUCAAGACCGUCCCGACCGGAGUGACGCACACUAGCUCGGCCGUCGUGCACGACACCAAGGUGCGCGAGGAUGUGUACGCUCCGGCCGUGAAGAAGACCGUCGUGUCGACGCCGGUCGAGAAGACGACCUACGUCCAGGCUGCCGCCCCGGUUGUUCACGCCGCUCCGGCUGUGUACGCUGCCCCGGUCCAGACCGUCUACGCUGCUGCCCCAGUUGCCAAGACCUACGCUUAUGCUGCUCCGGUGGAGAAGACCUACACGUAUGCUGCUGCCCCGGCUGCCAUCUCGUACGAGGCUGCUCCCGUUGCGUACGCCGCUCCCCUGAAGACGGCCUACGUCAGCAGCUACCCGUCGGUGUACGCCGCCCCGGCCGUCUAUGCUAACCAGUGGCACUAAAUGGUUCCCCCCCCACCCCGCCUGACUGUCCAUACCUUUUUCCCGGAACCCUGGAGCCGUUGCGGUGACGGGUUGCUUCUCUUUUGUUUGCCUUUGAUUGUUACGGUGAAAGAUGAGAGAAGUGGCCACGAGUGAGAAGAAUAAACGAUUGAGAUUCGAAUGUUUUAAA